AUGGGGAGCCAUGGCUGUCGCGGGAAGACCGCUGGGCUCGCCGGGAUUGGCGGCGGGUGUAGCGGGGGUGCCGGCAGCAUUCGUGUUCGGCUUGGGCUGUCCUCCGCGGGGACGUCCGAUCGCCGCGGGGGGAAGCUCCGGCGCCGCGGUGGCGGGCAGGGGAAGUCCGCACAGAUGGCGGCGGCGCGCAACCCUGACUCGGCCAACUGUUUGAGCAAGGCGACCGGACCGCCCAUGCUCAACAUCUCGCGGCGCGUUACCGCGCUGCAGGCGGAAGGGCGGCGCGUUUCCGCGCUGCAGGCGGAAGGGCGGCGCGUUUCCGCGCUGCAGGCGGAAGGGCGGCGCGUUUCCGCGCUGCAGGCGGAAGGACGGCGCGUUUCCGCGCUGCAGGCGGAAGGACGGCGCGUUUCGGCACUGCAGGCGGAAGGACGGCGCGUUUCUUCCCAAUCGUCCCUUCCCUUCGUUUCCCCUUAUUCCGCGCUGCAGGCGGAAGAACGGGGCGCUUCCGCGCUGCAGGCAUACUGCGCCGCCGUGGAACGCGACGCGGGGAGCGCCGCGGUUCCGGCUCCCGCCACCGGCAGCACGCUGCUCAAUGCUGCACCACUAGUAGCGUGUGGGGCUUGCGAGAGGAGCGACGCGCAGAGCUUUGGCGGCUUCCGCCGUCACCUCAUUCCUGUGCGAGGGACUUCCCAGCCACCCGAUUCUUGA